GCCAAAGGCUUAUAUAAGCAAAUUUUGAGAAGUUGCCACCACCACAGCUCUCCACAAAACAAGAAAACUACUCAAAGCUUUCCUGUGCUUUCAGCAUCUUAAGUAAUUCUUCUCUUCAUCCUUUACUCAUCUUAAAUUAAAGAUCAUGGCUAUUCGCGUACCUCGUAUAAUCAAGAAGUCAUCGACAUCCCUGGAAGUUCCCAAGGGACAUUUUGCUGUUUAUGUUGAGGAGAAGCAGAGGAAGAGAUUUGUGAUACCCAUAUCAUACUUGAGCCUACCUUCAUUUCAAGACUUGCUAAGUCAAGCAGAGGAAGAAUUUGGGUUCGAUCAUCCGAUGGGCGGUGUAACAAUUCCCUGCUCAGAAGACAUGUUCAUUGGCAUCACUUCACAGUUUAGGAUUUAAGAAUAUAGUUGAGAUCAUUUUUCUCUUUCAGGUCUCAAAAUUUUGUAUAUCCAUAUUAUACAGUUGAUUAGUUAGAAGUUCAGUGAGACUUUAGCACCACAAAGAUUGGUGUUUUUUGACUCACAUAGACUAAUUCACUGAAUACAGAUACUACAUUCGUCUCUCA